GCCGAGCCCCCGGCCCCGGCCGCUGCCCCGCCGUGCCGGCAGCGCCUCCCGAGCGUGCUGUCGCCGCUGCCCCGGCUGGCGCUGCCUCGCCCCGCCGCCCCUCCCGAGCGUCGCCCAUCGCGGGGGAGCGGGGCCGCUACUCACUGUCCGCAGCAGCGCCCCGCGAGUCCCGCAGCUCGGGCAAAGUAAUCCCGGCCGCGCUAAACUCCACGAGAGCCGCUCCCGGAGCCCCGCUCGGCCUCUCGCCCGGGACAUUAUUCCCCAGGAAGGCAGGAAAAGCUGCCCAGAAGGAGCGGCGCCCGACCGAAGAUGUUAGAGGAGGCGAAGGGGGGUGGCUUUUUGCUCGCUGCGUGCCUCCAUGCCUGUCAUUCCCUUGUCUUAAUCCUUUAGGAAGGAGUCGCCAGGCAGACAGAGCGUUCCUGGAGGGGCGAUGCUGCCGAGCCCUGCCCCGGGCAGGAGGAAGCCGGGAGAUGCGCGGCCCGGGGCGGGCAGCGGGAGAGAGUGAGGAGCUGCCUCCGCCUGCGCCUUUCCGAGAGGGAAAAAGCAUGGUGAGAGCUGGACCCGAUCCCUGGAGCGCAGCCCCGCUGAGCAGGAGGUGGGAUUAUUCCGGAGUAGUUAUGGAGAGCUAUAACUUGGCAGCGGAGUGUUAAAGCGACUUGUUCCUGCUGGAAGAGGAACCCACGGCGGGCAUCGCGGCGUGGUGGCCGAGGGAAGGUCACUCAGGUCCUUCUCCUCCUCCUCUCGCCUCUUUCUUCAUCCGGCAAACGACCGAGGGAAAAACUGGUAACCGGCUCUUGCCAGUGUUGGGAAUACCGUGCCUUCUGCCUGGGAUGAUUCGCCCUGAUGUGCCGCCUCAGCGGGAUGUACAAAGUGCGACAGGGACUGAUCCGGCCAGCAAAGUUUGCGGAGUGAUCAGCAGGGGCCGUGGGAUGGAGGGAGCUGGGCACACAGCAGCAGGGUCCGUCACGCACGGUCCGACGGCACAGACCUGCUGCUCCCUUGAAAACUAACUCCUGGUGGUCCAACUCUCACUUCUACCCUGCCAAUUUGCACUUUCAGGGAAAAAAAACCCACAUACGCGAUGCAAUGCAGCGUUCCUGUGUUGGUUUUGUAUAUAAAAUUUGCUAUGCAAUUCCAAAACUAAAACAGGAGGAGAGACGGCCCUGCGUCCCAGAGCAAGCAGGGAAUCAGAGGUGAAAGGAGAGGAGUUGAUGUCGUCAUGAAAAUCAUGAUAUGAUUUUCCCUCAGGAGAAACUAUGACUUGGAACGACACCACUAUGGACGGGGAAGGGUUGCUGGUGGAAAGGGACUCCUCUUCCUUUCGGAUCCUCACGGGCUGCUUCCUCUCGCUCCUGAUCCUCUCCACGCUGCUGGGAAACACGCUGGUCUGCGCAGCUGUCAUUCGGUUUCGCCACCUCAGGUCCAAGGUGACCAACUUCUUUGUCAUCUCCUUGGCCGUGUCAGAUCUCCUAGUGGCAGUUUUGGUCAUGCCUUGGAAAGCUGUGGCUGAGAUCGCCGGUUUCUGGCCUUUUGGUUCAUUUUGCAACAUCUGGGUGGCCUUUGAUAUUAUGUGCUCAACAGCCUCCAUCUUAAACCUCUGUGUCAUUAGUGUGGACAGAUACUGGGCCAUCUCCAGCCCGUUUAGGUACGAGAGGAAAAUGACCCCCAAGGCAGCCUUCAUCAUGAUCAGCGUGGCGUGGACUUUGUCCGUGCUGAUCUCCUUCAUCCCGGUGCAGCUGAACUGGCACAAGGCUACAACCACGAACGUUUUGGACUUCAAUGCCAGCUUAGAAGGUGUGAGCAUGGACAACUGUGAUUCUAGCCUAAACAGGAUGUAUGCCAUCUCCUCUUCUCUAAUUAGCUUCUACAUCCCCGUGGCCAUCAUGAUAGUCACCUACACCAGGAUAUACCGGAUUGCUCAGAAGCAAAUCCGGCGCAUCUCGGCUCUGGAGAGAGCAGCAGUGCAUGCCAAGAACUGCCAGAACCCAGGUGGCAACAGGAGCAGCAUGGACUGCCAGCAGCCAGAGAGCAACUUCAAAAUGUCCUUCAAGAGGGAAACAAAGGUGUUAAAGACCCUCUCGGUGAUCAUGGGGGUGUUUGUGUGCUGCUGGCUGCCAUUUUUUGUGUUGAACUGCAUGAUUCCCUUCUGCGAGCCCACCCAGCCGUCCAAGGGAGCAGAGGCUUUCUGCAUUAAUUCCACCACCUUUGAUGUUUUUAUAUGGUUUGGAUGGGCCAAUUCUUCCCUCAACCCCAUCAUUUAUGCCUUCAACGCUGAUUUCCGCAAGGCAUUCUCCACCUUGCUGGGCUGCUACAGGCUCUGCCCCCUGUCUGGCAAUGCCAUCGAGACUGUCAGCAUUAACAACAACGGGGCCGUGGUUUUUUCCAGCCAACACGAGCCCAAAGGGUCCAGCCCCAAAGAGUCUAAUCUGGUUUACCUGAUUCCACACUCCAUUAUCUGCCCGGAAGAAGAACCUCUUAAAAAGGAAGACGAGGAGGGUGAACUGUCAAAGACCUUGGAGAAGAUGUCUCCAGCACUGUCGGGUAUCUUGGAUUAUGAAGCUGAUGUUUCUUUGGAAAAGAUCAAUCCCAUUACACAGAAUGGGCAGCAUAAAACCUGAACAGUAAGGUUUACUCAGCAAGACCUAAUGGUGUAUAUUGUAAUAAUCUUUUUUUGGGGAAAAAAAAGAUAUACAAGAUUUUUUUGGUAAGAACCUAAGCUCUAAGGGAGAAAAAUGCACAUUUACGCCAAGCCCAGAAUUAAUUUUCCUGGCAUUCAGAGCAAAUUUAACAUUUCAAACAAUAAACAGAAAAAGAUACUGGAAAUUGGUUAUAAAAAAGGAUGUUAAACUGUACUGUUCAUACUGAGGAAAAUCUACAAAUUUAGAUACAGUGCAGUUACAAAGAAAAUGUUGCUUCUUCUCUGUACAGAGAAACCAAUUUCUAGCUAAAAGUGAGGCAAAAGAUAAAUGUUGAGUAUUUAAAGAUUAAUGUUUACUAGAAGUUAAAAGAUUGCUUUGUCUUGUGAUAGUGGGUGUUAACAGGUCCUAAUUAAUGACUGAGGGAUUGUAAAGGUAGGUAGAUGCCUUCUUAAAAUUAUUUCUGACAAAUAAUUGAGCCUUAUAACGAGAACGGUUAUUUUUAAAGCUUUGGGAGGUAAUAUGUUGAUACUGGUUUUAUUUAUUUAUUGUUUUAAAUUGAUAUUUUUCAUAUGUUAUAACAGAUCUAGCUUUAUUUAUGUUAUUUAAGAUGUUUAAAUAAUGGGAUAUUUUUGGAGUGUCAUAAUUGCAUUUUGACCAGUCAACCAGUCAGCACUUUAUUACAAGCUCUGAUAGUCUGGAGAGCUGGUGGGGGGAAUGGAGGAAUGUUAAGGAGCUCAGCAAGAAAUGAAGGAAUUAACAGAACUGAUGCUGUGUGGAGUUGGUUUGCUUGUGGGCUUUUUUUAUUUUUAAGUGGGAUUUCUUUCAAAAGAUAGGACCAGAGUUGACUGAGUUGUGAAUUUUCUUCCCUUAUAGAAAUAAAAGGAAUUGCUGCUAUUUAUUUUUAAAAAGUUUCAUGUUACAGAGACUUUGCUAGAAUGUCAAGUUUGUGGAUCUGUAAAUACCUUAAAUAUGACUACAACCUUAAGAAGAAUCCAGUUUGGGAAGGAAAGCUUCUUAGAUAACAAUUCUUAGUAUAUAGUGUUUUGUAUUUAUGUAAGAUAAACAGCUUUCUCAGACUUUUCUUAUUUCAAGUCUUGGAUAUCUUUUCUGAACAAACACACUGGGUUAUAAUGGUAGGAAGGAUGCCAAAAUCUGGUUAUCCUGCAGGACCACCUGGACCCUGCUGUCUGUCUGCUCCUCUGUCACAGCCAGAAUUAAAAACAGUUAAAACCUGAGGUCCCUGGUGCUUUACCCCGGGAGCUGGGAGGACAUUGCAGUUUAGUGAUUGCCAUGUCAAUACUCCAAUCAAUAAGGAAUAGUGGCCUCAUUACCAUUUUGGAUUAAAACAUUUCUAAAUAUGGCUGGAACUGCAUCCUCCAUCUCAAAAUCGUCCUGUGAACUCCAAAAAAGUUGCCAAUGUUUAAUUAAAAAAAUCCUGCUACUUUGCCACUGUCCUUCCCUGCUGCUUUCCCUCUGUAAUGCCAAAAGCAAUCACUGAGCAUUAGCAACAGGAAUAUUGGGUGUUAAUAUUCAGCAGCAUUCAAAGGAAUCCAUUUCUUUUCUAAAUGGGAGAAAAUACCCUUUGGAGCAACUUUUUCGUAACAUAUAUCAAAACAAAUGUGUUGUCAGGAAAAGAGAACUGAGAGGAAAAAAAAAAUUAAAGUCUAACAAACGAUAUACAUCCUGCAUCAGGUCUGUGUAUUUAUGUAUUGUGAAUGUUUUCAUAAUUUUAUUGCCUGUAUGCUGCUUUCAUACAUAUAAUAAAAUUAUUUUGUGAACAGAAGGUCAAAUAAAGCAAUCUACAUUGCAUUUAUUAAAUA